AUGGGAAGGACCAUGCUUGUCUGCCUCGUAGGCAGUAUCACAGCCUUUUCCGUUCUCACUGAUCUUGCUAUCUCCAUUACUUUCUACAGGCUUCGAGAGAGCGCAUCAAACGGACCCAACCCUACCAAAUGCAGCAGCCUAUUAUCUCUCUCAGCCGUCAAUUUCCUACUUGUUAGUCUUCUGUCCUACCUAUUAUACUCUGAGAGCGAACCUCAAGCGACGGAAUGGAUCCUGCGCAAAUUCAAAGCUCGUGCUCUCUUCUGUCUCAUCAUCUUUCUUAAUAUCGGCAUCAUUACCGGUGAGAGGCUGCAACACCUCUACGUCAGCAAGCCAAAGAGUUCGUCCAGCAGCGUGUGGCUCUCUCUGAACAUAGCCCAUGCCGUCGUAUGGACGAUCUCAGCAUACUGUCAAGGAUUCCUCUGUGCCCUCUCGUUCGUCCUCCCCGAUAUCCUCAACAAUGAAUCCGGUCGAGCGUCCAAUCCACCCAUUAAUAUCGGCCGCACGGCUGAGUCGGUCUUCUCGACGACGAACCUCAUCUCACCACAAAGUCCACAAUGGAGAAAUCCCCUCCUAUCACCCGUCCCCUCAUUCCUCGACCCCUUACCAUCCCCUCAGAGCGAGAUGAGUGUCAGAACAAGCAUCCUCCGCUCACCACUCCCAAACUACUGCACCUGCAAAGACCCCGAGCCGCUCUUCCUGCAGCCCCGCCGCAGAGAAAAGUCCCUCCAAUCGACUCCAUCCAUCGACACCGUCAUUCGGUGUCCUGAAUCCAACGGGGAAAUGGCGGAAGGCAUCUCGCCGACUCCCACUCCGACCACUCGCAAACCCCUCAUCGAGGAUAAUGAGAAGAACAUCCGCCCGCUCUUCAGGCCUAGCACGCCACAUCUUUCUCCAAUGCCAAAUAUGUCCACUGCAAUUAUUGCUCCGUUGGAAGGGCCCAACCAGGUGUCCGUGUCCGUGCCAUGCCAGAGGGAAAACGUCGAUCCGCAGCUAUUGUCUGAAACAGCGCAGCCUGUCUUACCAUUCUAUGUUCUCAAUGCGACGGCAAGGAAUAGCCUUGCGCAAUAUUAA